AUGCUGCGACUCGGCUCGCCGCUGUCCACGUCAGUCAGCAGCCUGCGCAGCUCGUCCCCGUUGCGGCGAUCCUCUGUGCCGGGAUCGCCGAGUGUGCUCUCCAAGGCCAAGAGCUCGAGCGGCAAAGGCCGGCGCCGGUUCACGUGCUGGCGAUGCGUGGCGGCGGGGAUGCUGGGACUCGUCGCGCUGCUGGCCGCGGAGCAGUUUAGCAGUCGCAGCCUGUUCCUCGACUUUAGUACGCUCGACAAGCUCGCCGAAAAAUCUAUCCGCUGCUCACGUUCCUUCAUUCUCCUCUCUGUCCGCGUGCCCGUCCGCAGGCCAUUGCAGGGCGCGGAAGGCGGCGGAGCGGAAGGAGACCCCCGUCUGCUGGAGGGGCGGGGAACAGACGGAGCCUUGCGGAUGCGCCUACAGGAGCAGCGAGGCGGAUGGGGCAAUGGGGGGAUUGGCAUAGGCCAAGGAUUUGCCGGGGGAGGGAUGCAGGGAGGAUUCGGAGGGGUACAGAGUGGUGGAGAUUGGAAAGCGCGGAUGGCAACGCAGCAGCAGGGAGGGAUGAACUCGCAGGGAGGGCUAUUGCGGGGAGCACAAGAUGCGAGGUGGCAGGAUGGACGGCAAGCGCAGGGCCAGAUGCGCGCCGAUGGACAGGGCUUCGAGCAGCAGAGACAGCAGCAGGAGCAACAGCAACGGGUGCUGCCGCAGCAGGACAUGCAGAUGCAGCUGCCGCUUCAGCAGCAGCAACAGCUGCAACAGCAGCGAGGAGGGGAGGAGGCGGCGGGUGAGGAGGGAGCGGUGGAGGAGAAUUGCGACGAGUGCAGGGCGGAGGUCACCAGAUUGCUGGGUCUCUAUGGACCAUAUUCACAGCGCAGGGCACAGAUGUACGGCGCCCGCCGUCGCCUGCUCGCCCUGCCUCACGCCCUUACCGCUUGCCUUCCUCCACACAUCCUCGCCAACCUCUCCCUCCUCCUCACCGCCUCGCAACCCCUAAAAUCACCCAGUGGUCCUUCCUUGGAGGCACCUGGUCAGGAUGAGUCAGCAGACCGUGAUGGUGACGUGGCAGCGAGCAGGGGCAGAGGUGGUGAGCAGGGUCCUCGGACAACGGCACAAGGGACGGACGCGAGGAGACUGGAAGGCCGCAGGAGGAAUAGGGAGAUGGAGGAGGGUGGGAGCGGGGAGAGUGGCGCAGUGGUAGCACUGGGUGCAGAUGGGCAGGAAAGGGAUUUGUGGAGUGCAGGGGAGGGACCGGGGGCGAGAGAUAGGGGAGAGGAUGAUUCCUCGUUGGGACUUGGGGGAAUAAAGCUGAAGGGAAGGUUGUUGGGGCGGGUGGUUGGAGGGGAGGAAGGGGAAGAAGCGGACUGGAUGGAGGAAGGGGAAGAUGGUGGGCGUGGCGAUGGGGAGGGCGCAGGGAUGGCAGGGGGAGGGCGGCGGUUACUGAAGGCGUCUCCUGUGGAUGUGCUACAGGCGAAGCUGGUGACGGUGCAGAGCGACAUUGAUGACCUCAAGGCCAAGAUCGACAGCGUCAAGGCGAGUUUGGAGGAGCAGGCGCAGGCGAUGCAGAGAGUAAAGGACUUUCUCUACGACCAGGGCGACUGGGCUCCCAAGCUGCUCACUGAAAAGGCGCACAACCGCAGUGUGAGCAUGUUGGAGCAGCAGUGCAUGCUGACGCUCAAGGACAAGGCGGGCAACGCUGUCAAGCAGGCCAACAUGCCGCCAGAACGCCCCACCUCCUGGAAGGGCUACUACUGCCAGGCGAGUCCAGCGGAGCUGGCCAAGUACCACGCGUACCGGGCGCACCGGCAGUGUCCCGACGACUGGUUCUUCGUGCAGGACCUGCUCUACGCCAAGGACUGCUUCCACCUCCCCAUCCGCAACUGCUUCGCUCGCGCCCCCACCAACCCCUCCGAGCCGCUGCCAUUCCCGCAGUCGCUGUUUGACCAGCGCGCACUCAAGGGCGAGAAUGUGCGGUGGGGCAGCCACCACUGCAAGUCCUUUGCGUGCCUCAACGCGCGCGCCCUGGGCGACUGUCGCAACUGCUUCAACCUCACGCUCGAGAGCUACCGCUGGCAGCGCGCCUACCGCGGCUCACAAACCAUGGCUGACGUCAUCAAGCUCAAACGAGGGGCGCUCAGGCUGGGUCUGGAUGCGGGUGGGGGCACGGGCAGCUUUGCAGCGCACAUGGCGCGGUACAACGUGACGGUGCUGACCACAGCCAUGAACAGCGAGACAGUGAACGGCAACUAUGGCGGCCUGCCCUACAUGGAGACCAUUGCGCUCAGAGGUCUCAUCCCCCUCUUUGUGCCACACAAGGCGCGGUUACCAUUCUACGACAACACGUUGGACAUCAUUCACAGUGUGAACAGUGUCAAGUACCUGCCCAUCCUUGACUUUGAAGAGCUCGUCUUCGAGUGGGACCGCGUGCUGCGACCAGGUGGCAUAGUGUGGUUUGAGAUGUUCUACGCGCCAGUGGAUGAGAUGCCGCUGUACGUGGCGGUGAUUGACCUGCUGCGGUACCGGCGCCUCAAGUGGGGCUUCUCCCCCAAGCCAGAGUCCGGCGAGCGCAAGGGCUUCCACCUCUACCUCAACGCCGUCAUUGAGAAGCCCGCUCGCCCUGACCCGGGGAGUGCUGCUGCUGGGCCUGUGGUGGGGAAAGGGAAAGGGGGCAAGGGAGUCCCUGCUGUCCCAGCUGCAGCAGGUGGGAGGGGCAGGACCGGAGGUGCUCAGGGGAAGAAAGGUGGUGCCCCUGCCACUGCAGACGCGUUAGUAGCCGACGCCAUCAUGUCAAGAUCAGGCCGCAAGUCCCUCUGGAACCUCUUCCGCGCGGCGCUCUUUCCGCCCAAGCGCCGUCCGCGCAAGGAUUCUCGUCUGCCGGACCGCCCCUCGUCCCCGCAUGCAAGCGACAGCAGCUUUACUCGGGCUUCUCCUUCGCACCGCGCCGCAGCGGGAGGCGCAGGGAGCGGCGCGGGAGAGGAUGACGGCGGCGCGGCAGGCAACAUGGCGGCGGAGGUGCAGCUGGCGGUGGGCGGCAUGGCGUGCGCGGCAUGCGCGGCGUCCAUCGAGAAGGCGCUGAUGCGCGUCGACGGCGUGUCGCGGGCCGUCGUGUCCGUUGUUAACGGGCGCGCGCGAGUGACGUUCAACAACAUGAAGACAAACGCGGACGACAUCGCGGCAGCGGUGGAGGAUGCGGGGUUCGAGGUCACCGCCAUGGACGAUCCGCUCUCCGCUGCCGCCGCCCUUCACCCCGUGGGGGGAGCGCGCCCCUGCCGGCUGCGCAUCCCCGACCUGCUGCUCGUCAGCUCCGCCGGCUCGCUGGAGGAAAUGUUACAGGGCUAUGCGGGCGUGUUAUCCGCCACAGUGUCUCUCUCCACGGCCGAGGCGCACGUCGUCCUCGAUUCCACCGCGCUCUCUCCCGCCGACCUCCUCGCCGCCGUGCACCACGCGGGCUUCCCCUCCGCGCAUCUCAUCGACAACUCCGCCGCUUCCGCCGACGCACCCCAGGCGCACACUCUCCGCUACCGCCUCCACGGCCUCGCCGCCGCCGCUGCCUCCGCACUGCCCGCGCGAUCCUCCGAGGGCGGGAACGGAUCUCCACGCGGAAGCGCAGCUAGCUCCGCGCGCGCGGCACCGCUUCCGCUGCCCGCGCGCAUAGAGGCAGUGCUGUGCGCGCUGCCGGGAGUGUCAGCCGCGGCAGUGCACGCGGAGAGCGAGACGGCCGCAGUGACGUUCGAUCCGGACCGCACGGGCGCGCGCGACAUUCUCGAGGCGCUGCAGGCGGAAGUGGCGGGGGUGGGCGGGGUGGAGAAGGUGGAGUUGGCGGAGAGCGAGGGGGGGGUAGGGGGGAGCGCGGGGGCGAAGGAGCGGGAGCAGGAGGUGCGGAAGCUGUGGCGGCAGUUCGUGUGGAGCCUGGUGUUCACGGUGCCCGUGUUCCUGCUCGCCAUGGUGCUCAACCAUAUCCCGCCCUUCGAUGCCUGGCUCAUGACUCCCGUCAUCAACUCGCUGCCCAUCGGCAUGCUGCUGCGCGGGGUGCUGACGGCGCCAGUGCAGUUCGUGGUGGGGUGGCGCUUCUACACGGGCGCAUUCUACGCGCUGAGGAGGCGAGCAGCGAACAUGGACGUGCUGGUGGCCAUGGGCACCAACGCCGCCUUCUUCUACUCCCUCUUCGCCCUCAUCGCCUCCGCCGCCACGCCCCUGCCCUCCCCCUCCCCCGCCGCCCCCGCCGGGGCGCCUCCCAGCGCCGGCGCCGCCGCCGCCGCUGCUGCUGCCCCUAGCGGCAGUGGCGCGGUGGCGCAUGUGGCGCGCAUGAUUAUGGAGGGCAUGGAGGGGGGCGGGGAGGCGUCUGCGUCCGCGUCCGCGUCGGCAUACGCGGGGGUGGAUUUCUUUGAGACGAGCGCCAUGCUGAUCUCGUUCAUCGUGCUGGGCAAGUACCUGGAGGCCGUGGCACGUGGCCGCACCAGCGAUGCCAUCGCCAAGCUGCUCAACCUCGCCCCCGCCACCGCCGUGCUGCUCUCCGUGGACACGGGCGCGCAGGGGGGGCCGCAGGGGACGGUUGAGGGGAGCUCUGCGGGAGAAGGCGAGGGGAAAGGGGAGGGGGAGGAAGAGCGGUUGAUGGGUGAGACGGGAGAGGGGAUGCGCGUGGUGGGCGAGCGGGAGAUAGAAGCGGCGCUGAUUCAGCGCGGGGAUAUCAUCCGCGUGGCACCAGGCGGGAAGAUGCCAGUGGACGGUGUGGUGGUGUGGGGGCACACAUACGCCAACGAGAGCAUGGUCACUGGUGAGGCGCGCCCCGUGCUCAAGGAGGUGGGCAGCGCGGUCAUCGGCGGCACGCUCAACCUGGGCGGCAGUGUGCACGUGCGCGCCACGCGCGUGGGCGGUGAGACAGCGCUGGCACAGAUAGUGAAGCUGGUGGAGGCGGCGCAGAUGGCCAAGGCACCAAUCCAACGCGUGGCAGACCAGAUCUCAGCCGUCUUUGUGCCCACUGUCGUGCUGCUCGCCCUGGUCGUCUUCCUAGCGUGGCUCAUAACGGGCUACCUCAGCACCUACCCCGCCUCCUGGCUGCCAGCGGGCAUGACGCCAUUCGAGCUGGCGCUGCAGUUCGGCAUAGCAGUGCUGGUGAUCGCAUGCCCGUGCGCGCUGGGGCUCGCCACGCCCACAGCAGUCAUGGUGGCCACGGGGGUGGGCGCGCAGCAGGGAAUUCUGAUCAAGGGCGCGGAUGCACUGGAGAGGGCGCAUAAGAUAGAGGCGGUGGUGUUUGACAAGACGGGCACGCUCACUCAGGGCAAGCCUAGUGUCACCGCCACGGCCCUCUUCACCUCCCGCCUCGCCAUGCCCGACCUGCUCGCCCUGCUCGCUGCUGCUGAGGCGAACAGCGAGCACCCCUUGGCCAAGGCCAUCACCGACUACUGCAUGCACUCGCCCCUCCUCCCCUCCUGGCUCCCAUCCCUCUCCCACAUCCCACUCCCGCCCCUCCCCCUCCCCCUUUCUGCCUCUGCCACUUCCUCCACCUCCUCCUUUAGCAAGCCUCCGCCCUCACUUCCUCUUUCCCCACCUCCCUCGCCUCCCUCGUCCCCUCCUCCUCUCCUCCCUCUCUCUCAUUCUGACGCCGCUGUCGAGCUAUGCGUUCUCUCCUCUGGCCCGUCCACUGCUGCCCCUGCUCACAAUGUUGAUAGCAACAGCAGCAGCAGCAGCAGCAGCAGCAGCAGCAGCAGCAGCAGCAGCAACAGGAGGGGCAUUGAGCAGAGCCAUGGAAUCAUCUGUCAAAUCAGCGGUCGCCACGUGGCAGUGGGCAAUUUGAAGCUGAUGCGGGACCCGCCCACCAUGGACCCCUCAUCUGAGCCAUCCCCCACUGCGCUCCCCUGCACAACUCCACUGCCCGUGCCAGCACAAGCGGAGCAGUGGCUGGAGGAGGUGCAGGCAGACGCUCAGACAGCCGUGCUGGUGGCCCUAGACGGGCAGGUGGUGGCAGGCGUGGCGGUGUCAGACCCUGUGAAGCCCGAGGCAGCGCCCGUGGUGGCUCUGCUCAAGGCCAUGGGCAUGCACCCCGUGCUCGUCACUGGGGACAACUGGGGUGCCGCCAGGGCCGUGGCGCGCGCCGUGGGGAUAGCAGAGAGCGACGUGGUGGCUGAGGCGGUGCCGCAGCACAAGGCGGAGUAUGUGCGGCAGAGGCAGGCGGAGGGGCAGCAGGUGGCCAUGGUGGGCGAUGGGGUGAAUGACUCUCCGGCACUGGUGGCAGCAGAUGUGGGCAUGGCCAUAGGUGCCGGUACUGACAUUGCGAUAGAAGCAGCUGACGUGGUGCUCAUGCGGUCGUCACUGGAGGAUGUGAUCACAGCCGUUCAUCUGGCACGCACGGCGUUGACUCGUAUACGGCUCAACUAUGUGUGGGCGCUGGGAUACAACGUGCUGGGCAUCCCCAUUGCUGCUGGAGUGCUCUUCCCCACGCCCCUGCACUUCCGCCUGCCUCCCUGGAUCGCCGGUGCUGCCAUGGCUCUGUCGUCCGUCAGCGUGGUGUGCUCCUCCCUGCUCUUGCGCCGCUACAAGCGCCCCGCUAAGCUCGAUCUCAUCGCACUGCAGGUGCAGGGCUGA